UCCUUCCUCCAGAUCCUGGCCAUCCUGUCUAUCUUGUUCAUCAUUCUCUCCACUAUCGCCUUGUCCCUCAACACCCUGCCAGAGCUCCAGGUGCUAGAUGAGUUCGGCCAGGCCAACGACAACCCCCAGCUGGCCCAUGUAGAAGCCAUCUGUAUCGCCUGGUUUACCAUGGAGUACCUCCUCCGCUUCCUCUCCUCACCCAACAAAUGGAAGUUCUUCAAAGGUCCCCUGAACGUCAUUGACCUGCUGGCCAUCCUCCCUUAUUACGUCACCAUCUUCCUGACGGAAUCCAACAAGAGCGUUCUACAGUUCCAGAACGUCCGGCGUGUGGUGCAGAUAUUCCGGAUCAUGAGAAUAUUGAGGAUUCUGAAGCUGGCCAGGCAUUCAACAGGGCUGCAGUCUCUUGGCUUCACCCUGAGGCGGAGUUACAACGAGCUGGGCCUGCUCAUCCUCUUCCUGGCCAUGGGCAUUAUGAUCUUCUCCAGCCUCGUCUUCUUCGCCGAGAAGGACGAAGACGCCACCAAGUUCACCAGCAUCCCCGCCUCCUUCUGGUGGGCCACCAUCACCAUGACUACGGUGGGUUACGGUGACAUCUACCCUCAGACUCUGCUGGGUAAGAUAGUUGGGGGUCUCUGCUGUAUCGCCGGGGUGUUGGUCAUUGCUCUGCCCAUCCCCAUUAUCGUCAACAACUUCUCCGAGUUCUACAAGGAGCAGAAGAGGCAGGAGAAGGCCAUAAAGAGGCGGGAGGCUCUGGAGAGGGCCAAGAGGAACGGUAGUAUCGUCUCCAUGAACUUGAAGGACGCGUUCGCCCGGAGUAUGGAGCUGAUGGAUGUAGUCGUGGAGAAAGGAGGAGAGGACAACCACCUGUCUCCCAGCUGGGCCGGCACGCCCAGACACACCUCCUCCGACAUCAGCCUGAGGUUGUUGGAUAAGAAGUACCCCGAGUCCGUCCUCCUGGGGUCCACCCACCGCAUCACCAUCACCACCAGCGGUAGCCCCGAGCGGAGGCCCCUCAGUAGCUUUCAGUAUAGAGGCCGUAUCCCAGAAUUCAGAGGCAGUACCUCUCAGCUUCUUAACGCUCAGAACCUAGAGAUCAUGUUCAACCAGCUGACCAAGUCUCAGUCCUUUACAAACCUCAACACUUCCUGCUCCAUGAGCACUAUGAGCACCUCCGCCACCACGGCAACCUCGGUAUCUUCGCGGCAACAGCACCCAGGGUCCCCGCCCUCCCCGGCCCGGCCCCCACAGGAAAUGGAGCUGGAGAGGCAGGAAGUCCCAUCCUCUUCCUCGACAGAGCCCCUACUGAAGGAAAGCGAAGCAGUACGCAGCCUGUCGAGCAUGGACAGCUUCGCCAGCUGCAGGGCUGAGUUCGGGGAGGGCUCUGGAUACGGAAGAAAGUUCCCUCCGUCUCUAGACCUCCUCCCAGAAUCGAGGGUCAACGAUGUCCAAAGCCUCCAGGACGCUGCCUCCCUCAAAGACAGCAUGUAUGAGUUUGUCCCCUACAACCAAGAUGGCGGCACACAGUUCCCGAGAGACGACGUGGAGAACAUCCAUAGCACCCUGAGAGACGGCAUCAACCCUGUCGUCAAGGGGACCAGAGAGCUAAAGGUCAACUUCAUCAAGGGCCCACCCACCGAGCCCCCCCUGACACCACCCAGCACCACCUCUCCCCAUGACAUCAGCUUCAGCUUCCUGGAGAAUGAAUCCCCAGAGAGGGAGACCUCGCUGCUCCUCCCCAGCACAAAGGCCGUCAUCCUGGGCACAGAAGACGAGACCAGCCCCCUGUCCCGCGAGAGGCUGGUGGUGGACACCCCGCCAGGGGAUGAGGACUCCCCGGACCAGGGUCUCGGGUGUCAAGGUUCGUCCAACGAGGAGAGGAAUCAGAUGGAAGCGGCGGGAACGGCAGGGGGGGCACCGGCUGGGAACUGCACCCAGGAUGUGGUGGUGGUUGUGGGAGGAGGGGCAGGUGGGGAGGGCAAGGUCGACAGCAACCAAAGUGGACACAACAAAUCAGAGAACCACAUGUUUACACCAGAGAUUCACCUGAUGCCCGGGGACGGCAGUAUGUCCCCGACCUGCGAAACCAGCAUGUAAUCCACUGGAACUACAUUUAAUUAACCUAACCUUGACCUGCUGAAAAAGACGAAGAAGAAUGAGGAGAUAUUGGAGAAGUGAGAUGAGAGGAAAAAGGGAACACAGAUAGUGAAAUGGUGGUAGAGAUAUUUGCAUGGCAUGACAAGUCCCUUUUAUACGUGUGUUGUGUAUUGCUGAAAACAGACACUGCAGCGGUUUACUGCUGAAACAGACACUGCAAUACUUAUGCAGAACUAGGAGGAGGAGACAGGGAGGAGAAAACUGUGGGGCUCAAAACGAGAACCUCAUAUGGACAGAGAUAAUUUAUCCAAGUAUGAGGACAUUUUUGAUCCUGAUGUAUAUUUCAACCGUGUUCCUUUUUAUUCUAGCAACAGUGCAAAAUGCACAGAGGGAUUCAUCUUUAAAAAGCAUGCAUUUAAAAAAAAAAAAUACAUAUGAAGUACUUGGCUGAAAGCGCUCCACUGUACAUAUUAUGACAACAAAGGCAAUGCACAGGAGAAGAGACAGAAGAAAUCCAUGUUUGCCAAAAGGUACAAAUAUUUCCAAUGUGAGGAGAAUGGUGGUAAAUACAUUGACAGACCUCAGACAGAGUGUGUAUCCCAAAUGGCACCCUUUACCUUAAACUGUAUAGUGCACAACUCUUUCCCUAUAUAGAGUAGUGCACUAUAUAUGGAAUAGGAGAUGCCAUUUGGGAUGUCGCCAGAGUGUUGCAACGUAGCGACCUAUGACAAACAUAUCACAAACUUACGUGGAAAUGCAAUGUGUAGAAAAAACACGACAACCAUCUCAUGUUUUUGGCAUUAAUGAUGAGAUUUAUGUAUGAACUUUAAUGUCAUUAACAUUAUUGUUUUAAGUUUUCAUUACAAUUGGUUUUGUCAUUAUUAAAAGACCAUAGGCUAAAUGACCAGAAUGUUAUUAUUUCUGUUAGAAAGAAGGAUGGGACGAAAAAAAAUAAAAACCUUUUCUUCCUCUCGAGUACACAACUAUAAGUUGCCUAAAUCUGUAGUUAGUGAGGACAACUGGCAAAUGUUUCAGCUACUAGCCUAAACAUAAUAAAUAAACAUAUUUAUAGCAGCAAGCAACAUAGGUUUAUAGAAAGAAUAAAAUCAUUAGAGUGGUUGAAAUACAACACUAUACCCAUUUUCCACUUCUUGAUUCCAUCAACAACAAAAAAAAUCACACUAAUAAUAAUAAUAUGUACUUCUGAAUGUAGCUUUUACGGAUUUAAAUUCUCUAAAUACAGUAAAAGUAGGCCUACGGUUAAAAGUUAGUUACAAUAAUUCUAGAGGCAUUCUAUUCGGGCAGUGGGCAGGUUACAACUUAAUAACAAGUUAUUUAUCGACCUGAUAGAUAUUAUAGUCAUUGAUUCUUGCAUAUGCUACCGUAGCUCUUCCUUUAAUGUUAACAAUGGUGCAUCCCAAGUAACACCUUGUUUCCUUAUGUAAGGGCACUACUUUUGACCAGAGUCCAAUGGGUACAAGUAAUACUAUAAUGAUGGUGUUCUGGUCAUAAAGUAGUGCGUUAUCUAAGGAAAGGAGGGGUACUACCGUGUUGGAAGCAACUCAUAAUAGAACAUCACAGAGAAAAACGUACAGAAUAUUUUGAGCUUUUAUCUAUCAAUCUAUCAGUGUAUCCAAGCUGAUCAAUAAUGUUAUCAGUAAAUGUGUGCUUUUAUUUUCCCUCGUGGUUGGUUGGUCUGUAGUGUCAUCAUAACUGGUUGGUCUGUAGUGUCAUCAUAACUGGUUGGUCUGUAGUGUCAUCAUAACUGGUUGGUCUGUAGUGUCAUCAUAACUGGUUGGUCUGUAGUGUUAUCAUAACUGGUUGGUCUGUAGUGUCAUCAUAACUGGUUGGUCUGUAGUGUCAUCAUAACUGGUUGGU